AUGAAGCAGCUGGAAUAUUGUCGCGAGGCGUUGACCACCCGGCAGAAGCUGAUCGCUCAGGACUACAAGGUGAGCUACUCGCUGGCCAAAGCCUGCAAGUCGGACCUGAAGAAGUACCGCUGCACCGCCGACUCCAACAUGCCCCGAGCUCGAGAGGCUCGGCUGUCCUACCUGCUGCUGUGUCUGGAGUCUGCCGUCCACAGAGGUCGCGUGGUGAACGGCGAGUGUCAGGGCGAGAUGAUGGACUACAGGCGGAUGCUGAUGGAGGACUUCUCCCUGAGUCCAGAGAUCGUGCUUCACUGUCGCAGCGAGAUCGAGGGUCACUGCGCCGGGCUGCACCGCAAAGGCCGGACGCUGCACUGCCUGAUGAGGGUCGGCCGCGGAGACAUGGGCGCCAUCGACACCAACUGUCAGAAAGCGCUCCAGACUCUGAUCCAGGAAGCCGACCCCGGAGCGGACUACCGCAUCGACAGAGCCCUCAACGAGGCCUGUGAGUCUGUCAUCCAGACCGCCUGCAAACACAUCCGCAACGGGGACCCCAUGAUCCUGUCGUGUCUGAUGGAGCAUCUGUACACGGAGAAGAUGGUGGAGGACUGCGAGCACAGACUGCUGGAGCUGCAGUAUUUCAUCGCCAGAGACUGGAAGUUGGAUCCCAUCCUGUAUAAGAAAUGUCAGGGUGACGCCUCCCGGCUCUGCCACACUCACGGCUGGAACGAGACCAGCGAGAUGAUGCCGCCCGGAGCCAUUUUCUCCUGCUUGUACCGCCACGCCUACCGGUCUGUGGAGCAGGGGCGGAGGCUCUCCAGGGACUGUAAGGUGGAGGUGCAGAGGAUUCUCCACCAGAGGGCGCUGGACGUGAAGCUGGAGCCUGAGCUGCAGAAACGCUGCAUGACCGACCUGGGGAAGUGGUGCAGCGAGAAGACUGAGCCGGGCCAGGAGCUGGAGUGUCUGCAGGAUCACCUGGAGGACCUGGUGUCUGGCUGCAGGGACGUGGUGGGGAACCUGACGGAGCUGGAGUCGGAGGACAUUCAGAUCGAGGCGCUGCUGAUGAGAGCCUGUGAACCCGUCAUCCAGGCGCACUGUCACGAGGUCGCUGAUAAUCAGAUCGACACCGGAGAUCUGAUGGAGUGUUUGGUUCAGAACAAACAUCAGAAGGAGAUGAACGAGAAGUGUUCAGUGGGAGUGACACACUUUCAACUGAUUCAGAUCAAAGAUUUCCGUUUCUCCUACAAGUUUAAGACGGCGUGUAAAGAGGACGUCCUGAAGCUUUGUCCCAACAUCAAGAAGAAGGUGGACGUGGUGAUCUGCCUCAGCACCACGGUGAGGAACGACACCCUGCAGGACGCCAAGGAGCAGAGAGUGUCCGUCAAGUGCCGCAAACAGCUGCGGGUGGAGGAGGUGGAGAUGUCGGAGGACAUCCGCCUGGAGCCCGAGCUGUACGACUCCUGCAAGCAGGACAUCAACAGGCUGUGUCAGAACGUGGCGUACGGAAACGCUCAGGUCACCGAGUGUCUGAAGGAGAACAAGAACCAGCUGACUCAGCGCUGCCACCAGAGGAUCUUCAAGCUGCAGGAGGUGGAGAUGGUGGAUCCCGAACUGGACUACCAGCUGAUGAGAGUCUGCAAACACAUGAUCAGGCGUUUCUGCACGGAGUCGGAGGGAAAGAACAUCCUUCAGUGUCUGAAGCAGAACAAGAACAGCGAACUGAUGGAUCCUAAAUGUAAACAGAUGAUCACCAAGAGACAGAUCACCCAGAACACAGACUACAGGCUGAACCCGGUCCUGAGGAAGGCCUGUAAAGCGGACAUCCCCAAGUUCUGUCAGCCCAUCCUGAACAAGGCGACCCCGGACAGCGAGCUGGAGGGUCAGGUCAUCUCCUGCCUCAAACUCAAAUACGCCGACCAGCGUUUGUCUCCGGACUGCGAGGAUCAGAUCCGGGUCAUCCUGCAGGAGUCUGCUCUGGACUACAGACUGGACCCUCAGCUGCAGCUUCACUGCACUCAGGAGAUUUCCACGCUGUGUCCUGAAGAAGCGGCGGCUCAGGAGCAGACUGGGCAGGUGGAGGAGUGUCUGAAGGUGAACCUGCUGAAGAUCAAACAGGAGGGAUGUAAGAAGGAGGUGCUGAACAUGCUGAAGGAGAGUAAAGCGGACAUCUUCGUGGACCCCGUCCUCCACACGGCCUGCGCUCUGGACAUCAAACACCAGUGUGCAGCCAUCCCACCCGGCAGAGGGCGCCAGAUGUCGUGCCUGAUCGAGGCUCUGCAGGACAAACGUGUCCGUCUGCAGCCGGAGUGCAAGAAGAGACUCCAGGACCGCAUCGACAUGUGGAGCUACGCCGCCAAGGUCGCCCCCGCUGAAGGCUUCUCAGACCUCGCCAUGCAGGUGAUGACGUCGCCGUCCAAGAACUACAUCCUGACCGUGAUCGGCGCCGGCGUGGCGCUGCUCUUCCUCAUGGGGCUGCUCUGCGGCAGAAUCACCAAACGCGUCACUCAGGAGCUGAAGGACAGGUAGACCCCGCCCACUCCGGGGGUCAGGACACGCCCACAGGAGAAACGACCACGGCCGAAUUUCAAAACAAAUCACCGGAAAGACAUUACCCACAAUCCUCCAGGAGAAAGUGGGCGUUAUCAGUGACUCACCUGCUCCACCUGUACCAGAGCCCCGCCCACUUUUCUUCUUCUUCUUCUUCUUCUGUUUUCUUCUUCUUCUGCUCCUCCAUCUUCAGACGCAGUGUUACUCCCCUCUCACGCCUCCUCUCUGUGUGGAUUAAGGGGUGAGGAGAGGAGAGGAGACGAGGAGGGAAGGAGGGAAGGAGAGAAGGAGAGGAGCAGGGUUGUGAAGCCACGGAGGUCAAAGGUCAAUAUCCAGGGAGGCAGAGGAGGUGAACGAAACCAUGAUAAGUGUAAAUGUGUAGAAAUGGGGAUUGGGAAAUGCUCGUGUAUAGAGCUGUUUAAUGACUCCAGUAUUUUAAUGACUACAGAGAGUGUGUGUGUGUGUGAGAGAGUGUGUGUGUGUGUGUGUGUGAGAGAGUGUGUGUGAGAGAGUGUGUGUGAUCUAAAUUGUCUUUCUACCACCGUUUCUUGGUUGGUCGUUGAGGGUUCGUUUGACUCUGGAUUUUUUGUUUUUUGUUGUCGUGUGUUAGUUUGAUUUUAUCGCCAUGGGACUGCCAGGCGGGCGGUGCCAACCAGCCGCCCCUCUUCUCUCCACAAACACUCAAAAAGUUCCACGAGAACAGGGAUGACUUUCUUUCUUUCUUUUAAAUUCCCUCUCCUCUCAUGCAGUCCGUUUAUUUGAGAACAGUUCACAGUUUCCUCUUUUCCCAGCCCUGACACGUGCCAUAAACGCACCACGCUGUGUGGCAUCACUCGCCACCCUCCAGGGAGUUCUGUGUUUUUAUUUCCGGCGCUGGUUGGUACUUUCUGAAGCUCAGAGACACAGAGAAGAUUCUAGAUGAUUAUAGAGAUGUGAACAUUUGUGUAAAGAUGAUACUGGAAUCAUUGCACAGCUUUCCUUCUUUUUUAUAUCUAUAAAUAUAUAUAUAUUGUUUUGU